AGCACAGGUACUGUCAAUGAAAGUAAAGUGUUGGGAUUUUAAUGGCCGAUACCAUGAGUGGUCACUCCAUAAUUAUCAGCUCACCCUCUCUCCUUGCAUUCAAUUUUUCCCCGAGAAAUCUAAAAUUCACAAAAUUCCAUACCCUAAUCCUCAACCCAACAAACGCUCGCUCCUACUCCGACUGCUGCCAAUAACCACUUCACAAAAUAUACUUUUUUGCUUUUUAUAUACAGAGAUGAAUCAUCAAUCAAUGAACAUCAGGAUUCAAGCACCAUGCCCCCCUUCACCUUCACCUUCUUCUGCAUUUUCUCCAAGAUUGCAUCACAAAACCCCUCUUAUAUUGCGACGAGUAAUUUGCUCUUCUGAAGUGGGUUCCCAUGUUAUGCUGCAAACGGAAGGCUCUUCUGAUGUCAGCAACUCAUCGGUCACCAUUUCUAAACAUAAACGUACCUUUGGGUGGUCUAAAAAACAAUCUUUGUUAAAGCAACCGCUCAACAAAGAUUCAGUGCCACUGAGAGCAUUAUUGACAUCCAGUACACAAGACACAUCCCCUUCUAUUGUCAAUGACGGAAAGAUAGGAGUGUUGUUGCUCAACCUUGGAGGUCCGGAAACUCUUGAUGAUGUGCAACCAUUUUUAUUCAAUCUUUUUGCAGACCCGGAUAUUAUUCGACUACCAAGAUUGUUUCGUUUUCUUCAAAAGCCUUUGGCACAAUUUAUAUCUGUUGCUAGAGCACCAAAGAGCAAGGAGGGGUAUGCUUCGAUUGGUGGCGGGUCUCCUCUUCGCCAGAUAACUGAUGCCCAGGCUACAGAGUUGAGGAAAGCACUUUAUGAAAAGAAUGUGGCAGCAGAGGUGUAUGUGGGUAUGCGCUAUUGGCACCCAUUCACUGAAGAAGCGAUCAAGCAGAUAAAGAAAGAUGGAGUGAACAAGCUGGUCGUGCUUCCUCUUUAUCCUCAAUUCUCAAUAUCAACCAGUGGUUCGAGCCUUAGACUCCUGGAAAGUAUCUUUAGGGAGGACGAAUAUCUUGUUAACAUGCAGCACACAGUAAUACCUUCUUGGUACCAGCGUGAAGGAUAUAUAAAAGCCAUGGCUAAUUUAAUUGAAAAAGAGCUGAAAAGCUUCGACCGUCCUGAGAAGGUGAUGAUUUUCUUUAGCGCUCAUGGGGUGCCGCUUGCAUAUGUUGAAGAAGCCGGUGAUCCAUAUAAGGCCGAGAUGGAAGAAUGUGUGGAUUUGAUAAUGGAGGAAUUAGAGAGAAGAAAGAUUGAUAAUCCAUAUACUCUCGCUUAUCAGAGUAGAGUUGGUCCUGUAGAAUGGUUGAAACCCUACACUGAUGAGACGAUCAUUGAACUCGGGGAGAAAGGCGUUAAAAGUCUUCUUGCUGUACCCAUUAGCUUCGUGAGUGAACAUAUCGAGACACUGGAGGAAAUCGACGUUGAGUACAAGGAAUUGGCUUUAAAAUCUGGUAUAGAGAAAUGGGGUCGUGUUCCUGCACUAGGAUGUGAACCCACCUUCAUUCUAGAUUUGGCAGAUGCAGUGAUUGAAAGUCUUCCAUACGUAGGAGCAAUGGCGGUGUCAAAUCUUGAAGCUCGACAGUCUCUGGUUCCACUUGGGAGCGUAGAAGAGCUGCUGGCGACCUAUGAUUCUCAACGUAGGGAGUUGCCAGCACCAGUUACUGUUUGGGAGUGGGGUUGGACCAAGAGCGCGGAGACAUGGAAUGGUAGGGCGGCAAUGCUGGCAGUGCUGGUGCUGCUGUUCCUGGAAGUGAGCACUGGUGAAGGGUUCCUUCAUCAAUGGGGUGUGUUGCCAUUGCAGUUGCCAAUGUUUCCCUGAUGGUACUAUUAUCUGCAUAUUUUUGAAAACAAAUGUAAUAGGUGAUUAAAAGCUAAUUGUAAAGAAUUCUAUAUAUGCUGCUGCUAUUGAUUGUAAUUAUCGAAUAAACCACACCAUCCCAUCUCACAUUAUGGCAUGUCGUUACUAAUGGCCUUCCCUACGAACCGAGGGUUUUGAAAACAUAUAUAUUUUUUGUUUCGUAGUAGUCCUGAUUUUAGAUUUGGUUUG